UCUCUCACUGAUCAUCUCAUUCUGAUCCAGCUGUCGACCCUAAUAAGCUUCGUCUCUCUGUAUUAAAACCCCAUCUCAGCUUCAAGCAAAGCUUCUUCUUCUAUAAUUCCAUGGUCUCUCUCCAAACACAGAGAGACUGAACUUAGAUCAAGCUUCGUUUACUUAGCUAGUUAGCUCAGCCAAAACCAUGGCUGUAUCUACUUUCUUGUUGGUAGUUUUGCUGCUGGGUAUUUCCGGUUCUGCUGCGGCUGAGGUGGAGGUGAAGGCGGGUGCUGGAAGCAGCCGGAGCACCUACAUUGUUCACAUGGCGAAAUCCAAAAUGCCGGCGAGCUUCGAGCACCACACUCACUGGUACGAUGCGUCGCUCAGAUCAGCCUCCGACUCGGCCGAGAUGCUCUACACUUACACCAACGCCAUCCACGGCUUCUCCACGCAGCUCACCCCGGAGGAGGCGGAGAUGCUCAAGUUCCAGCCCGGAGUUCUGUUCGUACAUCCCGAACAGAAGUACGAGCUGCACACCACUCGCACCCCCGAGUUUCUCGGGCUCAACCAGAACAACGAGCUCUUCCCGGACUCCGAGUCCUCCAGUGACGUCAUCAUUGGAGUGUUGGACACUGGGGUGUGGCCGGAGAGCAAGAGCUUUGACGACGCCGGGCUCGGGCCUGUUCCGGCGAGCUGGAAGGGCACGUGUGAGGAGGGCACGAACUUUAGUUCCUCGGCGUGUAAUCGGAAGCUGAUCGGCGCGAGGUACUUCUCCAAAGGCUACGAGGCCACGUUAGGCCCCAUCGACACUUCCAAGGAGUCCAAGUCCCCAAGAGACGACGACGGCCACGGCACCCACACCUCCACCACCGCCGCAGGCUCCGUCGUAACAGAAGCCAGCCUUUUAGGCUACGCGCCGGGGACCGCGCGUGGGAUGGCCACGCGCGCCAGGGUCGCAGCCUACAAAGUGUGCUGGAUCGGCGGGUGUUUCAGCUCCGACAUUCUGAUGGCCAUAGACAAAGCCAUCGACGACAACGUCAACGUUCUGUCCAUGUCUCUCGGCGGCGGAAUGUCCGACUAUUACCGGGACAGCGUGGCGAUCGGAGCUUUCUCGGCGAUGGAGAAGGGGAUCUUGAUCUCUUGCUCCGCCGGGAACGCGGGCCCCAGCGCGUACAGCUUGUCUAACACAGCUCCAUGGAUCACAACCGUAGGCGCGGGCACACUGGAUCGGGACUUCCCGGCUUACCUGAGCCUUGGUAACGGUAAAAACAUCUCGGGGGUUUCGCUCUACCGCGGUAAUACCGAGGCAACGGCUUUGGAGAUGACGCCAUUUAUUUACGCCGGUAACGCAAGUAACUCGACCUCCGGGAAUCUCUGCAUGAUGGGGAGCUUGAUACCUGAGAAGGUGAAGGGCAAAAUAGUAAUGUGCGACCGUGGAGUCAACGCUCGGGUGCAGAAAGGAACUGUGGUCAAAGCCGCCGGAGGAAUCGGCAUGGUCCUCUCCAACACCGGCGCGAACGGCGAAGAGCUGGUGGCCGACGCUCAUUUACUUCCGGCGACGGCGGUGGGUCAGAAGAACGGCGAUGUGAUCAAGAGCUAUCUGGUUUCAAAUCCGAAUCCGACGGCGGCGAUUAUCUUCGAGGGCACCAAGGUCGGAAUCGAGCCUUCUCCGGUGGUCGCGGCGUUCAGUUCCCGGGGUCCGAACUCGAUCAUGCCCGACAUUCUUAAACCCGACUUCGUCGCUCCAGGUGUCAACAUCCUCGCAGGGUGGUCUGGCGCUGUCGGCCCGACCGGUUUGGCCGUCGACUCGCGGCGCGUGUCGUUCAACAUCAUCUCUGGCACCUCGAUGUCGUGCCCGCACGUGAGCGGCCUCGCUGCGCUGCUCAAAGGUGUCCACCCGGAGUGGAGCCCCGCCGCCAUCCGAUCGGCGCUGAUGACCACCGCCUACACGGCCUACAAGAAUGGGCAGAAGUUGCAGGACGUGGCCACCGGAAAACCAUCCACGCCGUUUGAUCACGGUGCGGGACACGUGGAUCCGAUAUCGGCCCUCAAUCCGGGGCUAGUGUAUGAUUUGACCGCGGACGAUUAUCUAAACUUUCUCUGUGCGUUGAACUACACCGAGACUGAAAUUAACAGCUUGGCAAAAAGAAAGUUUACUUGCGACCAAAGCAAGAGUUACAGCGUUAGGGAUCUGAACUACCCUUCUUUCGCGGUAAACUUCGAGAGCAGCUCUUCGUCUAAGACCACCAUGUUGAAGUACUCGAGGACUUUAACCAAUGUAGGCCCGGCCGGCACCUACAAGGCGACGGUGACUGCAGAUAACCCGGCGGUAAAGAUAUCGGUGGAGCCAGAGUCGUUGAGUUUCGCGGCGGCAAAUGAGAAGAAGAGUUACACGGUUUCGUUCGCGGUAACGGGGUCGUUGCCGACGAGCACUUUGAGCAGCUUUGGGAGGCUGGAGUGGUCUGAUGGGAAGCACAUUGUUGGAAGCCCAAUAGCUAUCAGUUGGAGCUAGGUGGGAGCCUAAUGCAGCAUGAAGUGUUUGGAUGAAAUUUUCGGUCGCUCAAAGAGUGAUGUGAAUGUAUGGAUUGCAUAAUGCUUAGUGCUCUUUAGUGUUAGAGAUCGGAGCUGUAUGACGAUGAAUUUGUAAUGGUAAUUGUUUCCAGCUAAAAAAUGGGAGCUAGAAAUGUUUAGGGUUGAAGGUGUUUAAUUUGUUCGUUUCUUGGUGUACAGCGUUUUCUAGUUUGGCUUUCAAUAAUACAAGUUACAGUCACCGGCUGGGUUAAUAUUAGAUAGUUCCCAACUGCUACACUUGAUUCCGGAAUUCACCAGAUCAUAUCGUUCACCUUGCUUAUAUCAGUUGUAUCACUUGUAGUC